UCAUAAUAAUAAUUAUUAUUUGAAAAAUUAUAAUUGCUAACCUUGGCAGCGCAGUCUGCGGUAGCAAGUGCGCAAAGAUGUUUACUAACAACCUUCUAUAGUCAGUACAUCUAAUUAGUGUAUUAAAAAAACAGUGAUGGCUAGUGGUUCCAAUUCCAUAGCCGUACCUCGCGAUAUGGAGAAGAAAAAAUCACCCCAGUUAAGUUUCAAAAGACGAACUGUUGUUGCCAACUCGGAUUCGGAUGCUAGUGUAGAUAGCAACACACCUUCAGUAGAAUCGAAAGAUGACGGAUUUGUUUAUCAUAAAAGAAAACUUGGACGAGAACCAGGUUCUAAAAAAAUUAUACGUCGUGGUACAGAAUGGGAAAUAGUUGAAGGUCUAAAAGAUGGACAAAGAUACGACAAAAAACCAGACAUUUUUAAAGGUUAUUUACACAAGAAACGAAAGUGGCCACUUAAGGGGUGGCAUAAGCGUUAUUUUGUAUUGGACAAAGGAAUAUUAAAAUAUGGAAAAAAUCCAUUAGACAUGUCUAGAGGUAAAAUCCAUGGUCAAGUUGACAUUGGACUAUCUGUAAUAUCUACAAAAUAUCAACGAAAACGAUUAGACAUUGAUGCUGAAGAAUUCAUUUACCAUUUAAAAGCAAAAACAUUUGAAGCAUUUUCUGAAUGGGUAAAAGAAAUAAAGCAACAUCGUCUUUAUAGACAACAUGUUUUAACUUUUGGUCAAACAAAGCAAACACAAUCUCCACUACAAAAAAAAACAUCUUUAAUAUCUCCCGUAGAGUCAAUUAAAAACUGUACUCCGAAUCUACGUUUAAACGGCUGGUGUUCACAGUUAGAUUCAGCAACUUCAGAAAUUAAACAAGUUGAGCAAAAUUUGAAGUCUUUAAAUCGAAUACUUGAUCAGUUAGAAUCAGUUGAUAAUGAUGUUGGUGUACUUGAUGGAAUUCCAGUUACAAAAAAGAGUACCAGGUUUCGUUUGCGUAAGAAAAAAAGUGGUGGUGGUAGUUGGGGUGGUACAAUUGCUGGAUGGGGAAUUGAUAUGAAUCAAUCAAUCAGUCAAUCAACAAAUAAAGCUGUCGAUGUUACAGACUUGUCUGGUUUUCCUUCUGGAAUAGCUUCUCAACAUUUAUCCAACAGCAAUCCGUCAUUAACUGUUAAUCCAUCACCUAGUGAUCUUCAACUAUAUACAGAUUUUGUCAUUUUAGCAAAAGAUAUUCAAAAUAGUUUUAAGUGCAUAAUGGAUGCAAUUAAUGAAGAGCGCAGUCAUAUUUUUGUUGGAGAUGCAACCGAUGACAAAUUAUCUAAUUAUCGAGUAGCUUUAAAUAAAGCCAUUCAACAGAAUAGUGAACUUCGUGCUAAAUUAAAUAAUAUUCAUAUUACAUCAGACACAUCAAAUUUUCCAGAUCCUGUAUUAAGUUCAUCAUUAUCAUAUAGUUCUGGUGUUAGUGGUUCAGAAGUAUUUUUUGAUGCUGAAGAAUAUCAAGGCGGUAAAAUAAAUGAUUGUAAUGAAACUGUAACAAAUGAAUUAAUUGCUGGUGAAGUGGUUACUCAAACUUCUGAUACAUCUUCUGAAGCAGGAUCUUUAUCAUCUGAAGAUGGUUCUAUAUCUUCAGAAAACAGUGACGGUGCUACGUCUGAGUACAAUAAUCCACAAGGACUAGAUUGUGGAGGAUCUGGUGAUAUCAGGAAUAUGACUGGACGGCGUACUAAACUACCAUGUCCAAAACCUGAUACUGAAGGAUUGUCUUUAUGGAAUCUCUUAUGCAAAAACAUUGGUAAAGAUCUCUCCCAAGUUUCCAUGCCAGUUGCACUUAAUGAACCUCUUAAUAUGUUACAGCGCAUGUGUGAAGAAUUAGAAUACAGUGAACUUUUAGAUAAAGCAUCUGAACAAUCUGAUGUUUAUGAACGCAUGGUAUAUGUAGCAGCAUUUGCAGUGUCUAGUUACGGAUCCAGUUAUUAUAGAGCUGGUUCAAAACCAUUUAAUCCACUUUUGGGUGAGACCUAUGAAUGUAUACGAGAUGAUAAAGGUUUCAAAUUUAUUGCAGAACAAGUUAGUCAUCAUCCACCAGUUAGUGUAUGUCAUGCUGAAUCUAAAAAUUUUAUAUUUUGGCAAGAUGUUAGAAUUAAGACAAAAUUUUGGGGGAAAUCUAUGGAAUUUCAACCAACAGGGUAUGUGAAUGUACAGUUACUAUGUCAGGAUAGUAAAGAUCAUUAUAGAUGGAAUAAGGUAACAACUUGUGUUCAUAAUUUAUUUGGUGGACAAAGAUCUGUAGAUCAAUAUGGUGAACUGAAAAUUACUAAUUUGGAUAAAAAUAUUACAUGCAAAUUAACAUUUUUGAAGGCUAGUUAUUUUUCUGCUAAACGUCAUGAAAUACACGGCGUUGUAAUUGAUGAAAAUGAAGGAAAAGUUGUACGUAAAUUAUUUGGUAAAUGGAAUGAAGCUCUAUAUUGUGGAGUUGCUGCUGCACCUUCUGCAAAAUGUAUAUGGAGACCAGGUACUAUGCCAGAAGACUAUGAGUUAUACUAUGGAUUUACAAGAUUUGCAAUGGAAUUAAAUGAGCUUGACUUAGAAACAGCCAAGUUUUUACCUAAAACCGAUACUAGAUUUCGACCGGAUCAAAGGCUAUUAGAGGAAGGCGAUUUGAAUCGUGCUGAAUCUAUGAAACUCAAUUUAGAGCAAACACAGCGCGAACGCCGUAAACAAAAAGAAGAAACUGGAGAACAACAUGAACCCAAAUGGUUUAGAAAAACUGUUAGAAAUGGUAUAGAAACUUGGGAAUAUAAUAAUACGUAUUGGGAUAUACGUAAAAACCCAGGAUUUACUAAUUACCAUUUCGAAAAACUUUGGUGAAUGUUACCAUUAAGUGUUAUGUAAUCAGUGUGUCAUUUGGUCAGUUAGUGGUGAUAUGGUUUAGGUUAGCAUUUUAUGUUAAUAAAAUUUGUUGAACAAAAUUAUAUGAAUCAAAUAGUCUCAAAAUUGAGACAAAUUAGUUUAUCUAGUCAAUAUUUUCAUACUCAUGUGUUUGUACUUUUCCAUUAUAUUUAAUUUUCUUCCAUUAUAAAUCAUUUUUGAAAAGUUUCAGCCUUGUAACCAUUUAAAAUUUACAUUCUGUUUUAGGUUAACUAAAUUAUAUUGUUUGAUAAUAUUUUUAAAAAAUUAUAGUUAAUCAAAUGCCUUUUCAUUUUUUUGUUUAUACAUGGUACCUGAAUAUUAUACUAUAAUAAAUAAAAACUUGAUUGUCAAAAUGUAGGUAUAUAAUUAAAAUGAAUAUUCUAGUAUUCUCAAACAAUUCGCAUAAUUAGAGUAUGAAAAAAAUAAAAAGAACAACUCAAUAAUUUUUGAAUAUUUAAUAAUUAGUUUUCAUUUUAUUGUAUUACAUAAAUUUCAUGGUCGAAUCUGAUAUUAUUUAUCAUUUUUAUUAAUUAAACUCUAAAAAUAUAAAGUCAAAAUUAUUUUUUAUGAGAUAUUAUUAUUACAAUGUAUCAAUUGUAACAAUAUAACUAUUCAAUUUUGAUGAUAGGUAUCCAUUUAUUUUAUAAUUCAGGUGCACUGCAAAUAAUAAAUUGGUUACAUAAACCUGUUAGCUUCAAAACGUUUUAUUGUUAUUUAGUAAUUAAAAAUUUUUUAAAGGCUUUUUUAAUAACGUUAGUUAUAAAUAACUAUAGCCGUUUUGAAUCAAUGACUUAACAUUCCCAUUAUAUUUUUCGUUUAGUUAGAAUCAUAUUAAAAUAGUUGUGUUGUAUAAUUUCAUUGAUAUAGGUUUUUUAAUUAUUGAAAAAUUAAAUAAAUAUUUUUUUUAACUGUAUUGGUAAAAACAAUAUUAAUUACUUUUUAAAUUUCAUACUGUUACUUUAUUUUAUACAGUUUAAAUUGUAAUGUAAAUGCAACAAUAUGCUAUGUUACACUUAUUAUUUUUCUUGAAGUGUUAUGGUCAGGAACUCUUUAAUAAUUGUAAUAAUUUUUUUUUAGUUCAGUGAUAUUUUUAUUAUUAUAAAAAUAUAUAAAAUCAUAUUAAUUAAUUAUAAAUUUCAAACUAUUAAACUGAUUUUUAUAAUGAAGUAAGCUCAAGAGUAUGCUAAACAUAUAUUUUUCCAUUUCAAUUAGAUAAAUAUCAAUUAGUAAAACACAAAUAAUAAUUAUUAUUUUAAGUAUAUUAUAGUAAUACUUCUUCAUUUUUUUUUUUUUAUUAACAAUAUACUUCUCAAAAUUUGUUUUGAUAAUAGUUAUAUUUUAAACUGAAAUGCAUUAUGCUAGAUAUAUAAUAUGAAUAAUUUCACUUUGAAAAUGUCAUGAAUCAUGAUAUAAUGAUGUAUUCUGUGAUACGUUGUAUAAACGUUAAAAUCAGUUAUUGUGUUAAUAAUAUUAUGUUAACAUCUAACAUUCCCAAUGUAUAUUUUAAAUAUUAAUAUUAUUGGUUGGCUCAUGAAAACAAAAUUGAAAACUAACAUUUUUAAUUUAUUUAUAGUUUUUUUUUUUUUAGUAAACUUUUUAUAAAACUAUUAGUUUCUACAAUUCCAAAAUUAAUAAUUAAUUAUUAAUCAUUUUUUAGUCGUUAUUAAUUUUAUUUGUUAUUAAAUGUUAAUUUAACAAUGGAAGGGUGAUUAUCUCAUUUAAGUGGUCUACUUAAAUUUUGUGUCUUUAAACAGUCUCAUACUCAUAACCUUGUGUAUAUUUAUACUCAUACGACAUAUUAUUAUAUUAUUUAGAUUAUAACAUUAUCCAUGUAGGUUGUGGUCUGUUAUAUUUUUUUUUUUUGCUUAAAAAAAAAAUCUUAAUUGUAGGUUUUUUAAUGUUUAUAUAAUUAUUAUUAUAUUCAGAAAAUUUAUAGAGCAUUAUAAUAUACAUGUUAUUAACACCAAUGGAUAUAUUAUAGAAUUGCUCGUAAAACAUAUUUUGUUAUCAUGUCAAUGCUAAGACAAUAAGACAUCAACAGCAACACACAAUGUAGACGUUUUUCUAUUUUGUGUAGUAAUAUGAUUUUUGAGCAAUAAAAUAUUUCAUACCAUUUCAUUAAAUUAAUAUUAUACAAUUACAAAUUAUUAUAAAUACUAUAGUAUGUUAUUAUUAAACAUAAUAAAGUUUCUUAAAUAAUU